UUCUUUCCUGUGUUAAUGCAUUGAACAACCCAGAAGGAAGAGGAGGGAAGCAAGAAGCAUCUAUGGUAGCAGUGAAGCCCCCUCCGACGGAGAAGAGCGGGGGUCUGAAGGCUUAAGAGCCCCCCAGGCUUUAAGUGCUGCUGCUUCCUUUAUCCUACCCGCAGAGAACAUCUGCUGCCAACCCCACCUCCCAUGAACUACCCAUGCCACAUCCGCACCUUGUGAUCACCACCGGUUCCUUUCCUAUGCCCAACACCGUCUUCUGAGGACUGCAUCUUCAUACCUUCCCUGAGGCAACAAUACACCCUGUGCCCGCAGAAUUUACUCUGGCACCAUGUCAGGUAAUGGAGGAUCAGGGAGUUACACCCCAUGUCCAGGCGGACCUUUCUCUGCCCUCACUCCAAGCAUGUGGCCACAGGACAUACUUGCAAAAUAUACUCAGAAGGAGCAGACUGUAGAUCAGCCCGAGUUUCGCUACGAUGAGUUUGGCUUCAGAGUAGAUAAAGAAGAUGGUGCAGAACCAAAUUCCAGUAAGUUGUUGGGAAUUCCACUUACAGAAGAUCCCCAGCAGAGGCUAAAGUGGCAGGCCCAUCUAGAAUUCACCCACAACCAUGAUGUAGGAGACCUAACCUGGGAUAAGAUUGAUGUAACCCUCCCCCGCUCUGACAAGUUGCGUUCUCUUGUCCUUGCUGGCAUCCCCCACAGCAUGAGACCACAGCUCUGGAUGCGACUCUCCGGUGCCUUACAGAAGAAGAGGAAUUCAGAGAUGACUUACAGAGAUAUAGUACGGAACAGCUCCAACGAUGAGACUUUAGCUGCUAAACAGAUUGAGAAGGAUUUGCUCCGCACCAUGCCCAGCAAUGCUUGUUUCUCCAACCUGCAAAGUGUGGGUGUGCCCCGCCUCAGAAGACUGCUGCGUGGCCUGGCGUGGUUGUACCCAGAUAUCGGGUAUUGCCAAGGCACAGGCAUGGUGGCUGCAUGCUUACUGCUCUUCCUGGAGGAAGAAGAUGCUUUCUGGAUGAUGAGCGCCAUUGUAGAAGACUUGGUGCCAGCGUCUUACUUCAGCACCACCCUGAUCGGGGUUCAGACAGACCAGCGGGUCCUAAGACACCUUAUCGUUCAGUACCUUCCUCAACUGGACAAGCUGCUACAGGAGCAUGAUAUUGAGCUGUCCCUCAUCACCUUGCACUGGUUCCUCACUGCAUUUGCCAGCGUUGUGCACAUCAAAUUGCUGUUACGGAUCUGGGAUGUGUUUUUCUACCAAGGGUCUCUUGUCCUGUUCCAGACCACCUUGGGCAUGCUGAAACUUAAGGAGGAAGAACUCAUCCAGUCUGAGAACUCCGCCGCUAUCUUUAACACUCUGUCGGACAUCCCUACCCAUAUUGAGGAUUCUGAUGUUCUGCUGCGAGAAGCGAUGAUGAUUUCGGGAACCCUGACAGAAGUUAUGAUAGAAGCUCAGAGACGCAAGCACCUGGCGUACCUCAUCGCAGACCAGGGCCAGCUGCUUAACGCAACCGCUGCGGUCACCAACCUUUCCAAGAUUAUGAGAAGACCAAGUCAGCGCAGGAAGUCUGGUAUUACCACACUUUUAUUUGGUGAUGAUGACUUUGAGGCCCUAAAAGCCAAGAAUAUCAAGCAGACGGCUCUGGUGGCCGAUCUGAGGGAGGCCAUCCUGCAUGUGGCUCGUCACUUCCAGUGUUCGGACCCUAAAAACUGUAACCUUGACCUGACCCCCGAUUAUAGUAUGGAGAGCCACCAGAGAGACCACGAGAAUUACGUGUCGUGUUCACGAAGCAGGCGCCGAAGGGCAAAGGCUCUCCUGGACUUUGAGCGUCAUGACGAUGACGAGCUUGGCUUUCGCAAGAAUGACAUCAUCACGAUAAUUUCCCAGAAGGAUGAACACUGUUGGGUUGGAGAAUUAAAUGGACUCCGGGGCUGGUUUCCUGCAAAGUUUGUGGAGAUUCUUGAUGAAAGGAGUAAAGAGUACUGCACUGCUGGAGAUGACUCUGUCACAGAAGGGAUUACGGACGUGGUUCGAGGAACUUUGUGCCCUAGUAUUAAGGCAAUAUUUGAGCAUGGACUGAAGAAACCAUCUCUGUUAGGAGGUCCCUGUCAUCCUUGGCUUUUCAUCGAAGAGGCUGCCAGCCGGGAGGUGGAGAGAGACUUCGACUCAGUAUAUUCACGGCUUGUUCUCUGCAAGACCUACAGGUUAGAUGAGGAUGGCAAAGUGUUAACUCCAGAAGAACUAUUAUACAGGGGAGUACAAUCUGUGAAUGUAAGCCACGAUACCGCUCAUGCACAGAUGGAUGUCAAGCUCCGUUCCCUUAUUUGUAUCGGCCUCAAUGAACAAGUUAUCCAUUUGUGGCUUGAAGUCCUUUGCUCCAGCUUACAGACGGUUGAGAAGUGGUACCAGCCAUGGUCCUUUCUGAGGAGCCCAGGUUGGGUGCAGAUAAAGUGUGAACUAAGGGUCCUUUCAAAGUUUGCCUUUAGUUUGUCACCAGACUGGGAAUUGCCGGUGAAAAAAGAGGACAAGGAGAAGAAGCCAUUGAAGGAAGGGGUACAGGACAUGUUAGUUAAGCAUCAUCUCUUCAGCUGGGAUAUUGACGGCUGAUGGUUUUCGUCUUCUUGUUCCUGACCCUAUGGAGUCUUACAGAACUUCACUCCAGCAAUGCACUUUUUCUAUUACUGCUCUACUGCCAAGAACUCUGUAUCAUUGUGACACUGGACGACCUCCAUAUCGGCCCGAAAAACCGGGAUGUGAUUGGGCCACAUUUUCAGAACUACCCUGCACUUGACCGAUCUGAUCAUCUCAUCUCUUCUUAAAAAAAAAAAAAAAGUCAGAUUGUGUCCGGUUGGAUGAAGCGGACGGUCCAGGCUCCUAAAAUUCUAUAGCUGUGUAUAUAAGAAAAAAAAUUAUAUAGAGAAAGAAAUAUAUAUGUAUGUAUAUUUUGAAACAGAAAUGUAGAUUUUUCUUUUGUCAACACAUUUCCUACCUCCUCUCAUUCUCCUUCCACUACUGAACCACAAUACGUUCCGGAAAAGAAGUUCUGGGCUUUGUGUUAUUUAAAAAAAAAAGAGACCCGACUCUCCAAAAAAUUCUAUUCUGUCAAGAUGUUGAAGGCACAUGACGUAUUAAAGGGGUACUCCCGUGGAAAACUUUUUUUUUUCUUUUAAAUCAACUGGUGCCAGAAAGUUAAACAGAUUUGUAAAUCACUUCUAUUAAA